AUGUAUAACAUGAUGGAGACGGAGCUGAAGACCCCGCUGCCCCAGUCCAACACGGGCUCGGCACCGGGAAGCAAGAACAGCAGCGUGAGCGACGCGGAGAGAGUCAAACGUCCCAUGAAUGCGUUCAUGGUGUGGUCACGGGGACAACGUCGGAAGAUGGCCCAAGAGAACCCCAAGAUGCACAACUCUGAGAUCAGCAAGCGCCUGGGAGCCGACUGGAAACUUCUGACAGACGCUGAGAAGCGACCGUUCAUCGACGAGGCCAAGCGACUGCGCGCCAUGCACAUGAAGGAGCACCCGGAUUAUAAAUACCGGCCCCGCAGGAAGACCAAGACCCUGCUCAAGAAAGACAAGUAUUCUCUGCCCGGAGGACUGCUGGCGCCUGGAACAAAUCCCGUCAACAACUCCGUCUCAGUGGGACAGCGCAUGGAUGGGUACGCGCACAUGAACGGCUGGACGAACAGCGCGUAUUCCCUGAUGCAGGACCAGCUCGCGUACCCCCAGCACCACAGCAUGAACAGCCCACAGAUCCAGCAGAUGCACCGCUAUGAGAUGGCCGGUCUGCAGUAUCCCAUGAUGUCCUCUGCGCAGACUUACAUGAACGCUGCCUCCACGUACAGUAUGUCUCCAGCCUACACGCAGCAAAGUUCCAACAUGGGCCUGAGCUCCAUGGGCUCCGUGUGCAAGAGCGAACCCAGCUCCCCACCGCCCGCCAUCACGUCGCACUCACAGCGCGCGUGUCUCGGUGACCUGCGGGACAUGAUCAGCAUGUACCUGCCCCCCGGAGGCGACAGCGCGGAGCACUCAUCUCUUCAGAGCUCCCGGUUACACAGCGUUCACCCGCACUACCAGAGCGCAGGCACAGGCGUCAACGGCACACUGCCCCUCACGCACAUCUGA